AUGCCGCGAGGGCAGAGCCGGGGCCUCUUCGCCCUCUUCGACUCGCGCGACGACGACGACGACCUCGCGACGGCGCGUCUUUCGCGCCGCGACACCCAUCUCCACUCCGCCUCCACCUUCGUCUUCUGGCCAUCGGCCUUUGAAUCCAACCGCCGCGUCGUCGCCGGUGUCGUCCGCUGCCCCGCGCUGCCGCCCGUCUCCUUCAUCACCAUGUCCCAGCGUCGCAGGUCCGCCGUCCCCGAGACGCCGCGCGUCAUUUCCCCCAGCCCGACGCCCUCGGAGCUCGACGCCGCUGAAUACUUUGGUCCCACGACGCGUUCUGCCGCCAGGAAGCGGGUCUCGACGCCGCACACCCUCGACGAGGAUGGCGCCGAGGACGAGCACGAGCAAGACGAAGUCCCCGGCCUGCGCAGGUCCCGAACGAGGAGCCGCUCGCCCAUCGACGGCCGCAAGAUCGCCCGCAUGACGCCCAGCAACUCGAGCCAGGCGACCAAGGCAAAGGCGAAGGCGACAAGUCCAACUGCCGGGAACGGGAAGCUCGGGACCACCAAUGGUCAUCUUGCUCCUCCCCAACCCACCGCGCCCUCGGGAUGGAGCUGGCGCGACUUCAGCCGUAGCCCGAGCCCGCUCGGACUCAUCCCGAUCCAUCGCCACUGGAGAACCUUUGUGCACAAGCACGAGGUCCCGCGCAAGGUCCUUCACGUGUCCAUUGGCUUCUUCGUCGUCUGGCUGUACACCACCGGCACGCAGACGAGCUCCGUGCCACCCUAUCUGAUGGGAGCGCUGAUCCCCAUCGCGACCACGGACUGGCUGCGCCACAGGUACGAGUCUGUCAACCGGCUCUACGUCAAGCUGCUCGGUGCCUUGAUGCGCGAGAGCGAGUAUUCGGGCUGGAAUGGCGUCAUCUUCUACCUCCUGGGCGCCUGGAUCGUCCUCUACUUCUUCCCCAAGGACGUGGGCGUCAUGAGCGUCCUGCUCCUCAGUUGGUGCGACACCGCCGCCAGCACCUUUGGCCGCCUCUGGGGCAGAUACACCCCCCGGCUCCGGCGCGGCAAGUCGUUGGCCGGCUCGCUGGCCGCUUUUGUCGUCGGUGUGGCGACGUCGUACUUCUUCUACGGCUGGCUGGUCCCGACCAUCGGGCCCAUGCCCGGCGACGAGGGCUUCAUGUUCAAGAACGCCCUGUCGCUGCCGAGCUCCGUUACGAACGCCCUCGGCAUCUCCAAGGCCGCGGCCACCAUCACGGGCCCCUUGGCGCUCGGCGUCAUGGGCCUGUGGUCCGGCUUCGUCGCCUCCACCAGCGAAGUCAUCGACAUCUUCGGCUGGGAUGACAAUCUGACGAUACCCGUCCUCAGCGGCAUCGGCAUCUGGGGCUUCCUCAAGCUCUUCUCCUAG